UCGUCGGCCUCCUGAGGAGCGCGGGCCAGAGGCCCUGUGCAGUUCCCUAAAGCAGGUGGCCUGGGGCCUAAAGGCCAAGCGCAGGGCACCACACACGUGGGUCUCCCUGCGGUCCUCAGUUUCCUCAUCUGUCAACUGGGCUAAUUCGGAAUAACCGUUACCUCCUGAGAUCGUGGGGAAGAUUCCAUGAGGAAAUCAGUUCAAACCUACCACAUGUCAUCGUGAUAAGUUUAAAGACCUACCCAUGUUGUUCUGUGCACAUCUGCUCUGUGGCUGCUGGUGGCUGCACAGGACUGCCUGGUGACUGUCAUCUUCUGUUUACUCACCACUCCCCUGGGGAGGAGGACACAUCCGGAAGAUAAUGGUGCCGUGAACAUCCUUGGACAUGUCCCCUAAUGGAGCUGAGUGAUAAGGUUUGGGGAUUUAUGCUCAGGAGCUCAUUGCCGGGUGACAGCUACAUGCUGAUACUAAUUUGACUAAGCAGUCCCUGGUGGCCCUCGGGAAUGGCUGCCUCAGGCCACCUUCCCACGAGCAGUGCCCAAGGCUCCUGGGUACUCACGUCCCCAACCCCAACUUGGCAGUUUCCAACUAAUAAUUUUUGCCAGGCCAGUAGAAUGACUGACUCUCAUUUGAAUUUGCAUUCCCCUGAGGCUUCACCAAUAACUUCCAGCAUCUCCUCUCUCAUGUGCCUGUCAGAAUUUUGGGUUUCCUGCCCUGACUCUCUGACAGUUUUCCUUCCAGGGUCGCUGUCUCUUUUCUUGCUGGUGUGUAGUAGUUCCUUGUAUAUGCUUAUAAUUCAUUUCUCAUUCUCAAAACAUCGUGAAUAUCUUUUCCCAUUCUGCUGCCUGGCACUCAUCCCAUGGUGUCCUCAUUUCAACAGGAAUCCUUAUUUGGAUGUUAUUGAAUGCAUUAUUUUUUCUGCCUUAUGUGCUUUUGUGGUUUGAUUCAGAGGUCUUUGUCUGUGGCUGUCAGUGUUGUUAUUGUGGGUAUUAACCAUCCCUGUGGGCCUGGAGGGCGGCAUGUGUCUAUACAGCUGCUGGGGCAUUUUUCGACCUCCUUCCCUGAGGUGUCUGGAGUCCCCAGAGCCUGGAAACACUCUCACACGACCAGCCGGGCUCAGCCAGGAACGUGAAGUCACAUCUUGGAGAUGCAGGUGCUGUAGAGGAUGGCCUGAGAGAGAGAUAUUAUAGAGACGGCUGCUGGAGACAGAGGCAGAGAGAGAGGGGGAAAGAGGCAGGAAGAGAUAAGGAGCGAUGGUCUGAGACUGGUGUGUCACGUAAGGAAAAGCCAAAGACAGACGGCUCUGUGCCUGUCUAAAUGUCGCGACAUGAAAAAAUAUCCAACAAGACUUCUUUUAGUAAAAAAAAAAAGAGGCAAAACUAUACUUUUAGGUGAGCUGUUUGGUCACACCAACCAACAUACUAUGUGUCUCAGUUAACUGGUGCUGCUGUAACACAGAUAACCCAAGAAGGUGGCUUUAAAGAACAAAAAAUUGUUUUCUCACAGUUCUGGAGGCUAAAAACCCAAAUCAGGGUCUCAAACCUCUCGAUUUCUUCCUGGAGUGUAGCUCGAGGUGCUCCUUGGUUCCUUGACUUGAAGACCCUCCUCACAUAGUGCCUGUCUUCCCCACGUGUCUUUCUCUGAGUCUGUUCCGGCCUUCUUGUGACUCAGAAGUGAUUUGUUGUAAAGGCUUUGGGUUUUGAGGUCACCCUCAAUGGUAUGACCUCAUUAACGUAAAAGAAAAAACAUUUUCCCAAACAGGAUCACAUCCACAAGUACAAUGGCUGGAAAUUCCGCACAUAUUUUGGGGAGACAUAAUUCAACCCAACUCACUAUGUUUGGCAGAAUCAUACAUAUUACCAUGACCCAUUUAUUAACCCCUGGGUACCUACCCUAUGGAAUUGUACACACAUGUUCACCAAAGGGCAUGUGCUGAACUGCUCAGAGCAGCUUUAUUUACUUAGCUAUCAGGUGCUGCUAUAACAGAAGUACCAAGUGGGUGGCUUUGACAAACAGAAAUUUAUUCUCUCACAGUCUAGGAGGCUAGAAGUCUGAAUUCAAGUGCCAGCUCCAGGGGAAGGCUUUCUUUCUCUGUUGGUUCUGGGGGAAGAUCCUUGUCCUCAAUCUUCCCCUGGUCUAGGAGCUUCUUAGCACAGGGACCCCGUGUCCAAAAGACGCUCUCUGCUCUUGGCUCUGUUUUCUUGGUCGUAGGAAGUCCCUCUGUCUCUCCGGUGGAUUCUCUUUUUUAUAUCUCAAAAGAGAUUGGCUUAAGACAAAACCUGAUUUUGUAGAUUGAUCCCUGCCUUAUUAACAUAACUGUCUCUAAUCCUGCCUCAUUAACAUCAUAGAGGUAAGAUUCACAACACACAGAAAAAUCAUAGCAGAUGACAAAAUGGUGGACAAUCGCACAACACUGAGAAUCAUGGCCUAGCCAAGCUGACGCACGUUUGGGAGGGACACAACUCAAUCCAUAACAUUCGCAAUAGCCCCAAGCUGGAAACAACUUGAAUGUCCAUCAACAGGAAAAUGGAUCAGUACAUUGUGGAACAGUCACACAACAGAAUACUAUACAGCAAUGAAAAGGAAUAAACGACAGUCACAUGUAAUAGCAAGGAAGACUGUCAAUGCCAUGCUGUUGAAUAAAAGAAGCCAGACACAAUAUAUUAUUCUAUUUAUAUACAGCUCAAAACCAGGCAAAGCUACUCUCUGUUAGAAGUCAUGCUAGUAGUAACUUUUAGAAGGUAGUGUCUGGGUGACGGGAAUGUUCUAUUGUUUCCUUUAUGUCACACGGGUAUGCUGUUUGUGAUGAUUCGUCAGCCUAAACCCUUAUGAUUGGUGCUCUUUUUUUGAACUUCAGUGACAAAGUAUGUCUAGCGUGACACAUUUAAGUGAAAGAAAGAAACAUAUAUACUCAAAAGUCUGCAUUUUUGAGUACAUUUCCAUGUGCAUAAAUGCACAGACAAGAGUUUAGAUGAAAUCCCAUAAAUGUCAUAUUGGUCACUCUUCCCUAAAAAGAGAUAGUGGGGCGGGAGGCCUGGGCCUCCCAGAGCAUUUUACGUCCGUCUGUAAUAUUUUAACAAUAAGAUAAUAACAGUCUCUUGGAUUGCUGGAGGAGUAAAUGAAUUAAUAUUUUAAAAGCCCCUUAGAACGGUAUGUGGUACAGAGUAAAAAAAAAAAAAAGUUGCCGUUGAGUCUAUUCCGACUCAUAGUGACCCUAUAGGACAGAGUAGAACUGCCCCACAGGGUUUCCAGGAAGCGGCUGGUGAAUUUGAACUGCCGACUUUCUGGUUAGCAGCCGAGCUCUUAACAACUGUGCCACCAGGGCUCCGUGGCACUCAGUAGGUGCUACAUAAAGGUUUAUUAUAACAAAAGGAAUACAGUGAAAAUGUUUCCUGGGGUACAAAUUGUGUCCUUAAAACUAACCUUGGAAUAAAAGAAACAUGAGAAGAAAUAUACAAAAUGUUAUGUUCUGUGAGUUUUCACUCAAACCUUUGUGUAUACAUGAAUAUGGCCUUUUAGAAAUAUAGACUUCUCUUUUGAGUGUGUGGCUUUUGGGUUUUUUUUUUUACAUAAAUGUGUCAUAUUAGGCAUACUUAAAAAAAACCUGUUUUUAUUGAAGUAUGACAGCGACAGAACAGAGAAUCACAGGGCAAGAGACAGAAAGAUGGGGCGAUAGAGAGACCGCUGGGUGAUUGGAGGUGGGGGCGGGCAGCCGCCGGAAACCUCAGCCUGGAGGGAUCCCCCGUGAAGGGGGAGGGGACCUUUGGUCUCUCCGCAGCCUCUUCCUUCCCCCUGGCCUGGGGCUGGGCGGGGAGGGGCAGUUCCUCUUUCCCUCCCUAGCCUCGAGAAGGCCCACUCCUAAGGAGCUCAGAAGCUGGAGCCCAGGCCAAGGGGAGGAGCCGUGAGCCUCACUCCUGCGGGACCCCUUCCCCGGCAGGAAGCAUGAACAGGAAAGACAGCAAGAGGCAGUACCGUCCGCAGCUAAAGGACAGUGGCUGGCUGUGCCUGCAUGUUCUGACCUGGGUUUCCUACCACCUGUGCAAGUAUGCCCUCCUGUCCUCAUGGAGGCAGAUGGUGGCUGGGACCUUAGCGUGGGCGGCUCAUCCAACCUCCCCCAGCAUACUCUUGAUGGGCGAAGGGAUCCCCUUCCUGCAAUUUACAGCAAUUUAGUGGCGGCGACCUGGCUGUACUAUUUCCCAGCUGCAUGACCUUAAGGAAGUCCCACCAGGAAUGCUCGGGGGUCACAGGGGCACGGGGCCGGCCCCGACAGGCCCGCCGCCACAAGACAUGCCCCAGCCCCCGGGAAAUCAGCAAGGUUAUGGCUUCCAUGGCUCUGGGCGUGCUGAGCGACGGUGGCUGCAGCGAAGAUGAGCUGCUGGAGAAAUGCAUCCAGUCAUUCGACUCGACUGGCAGCCUGCGCCAUGGGGACCACGUUCUCAACAUGGUGCUGGCCAUGCAUACCUGGGUGAUGCCUUCUGCCCACUUUGCUACCCGUCUGCUGACCUUGUACCAGGAGGCCACAGGGAACACGCAGGAGCUGAGGCGGCUACAGAUCUGUCACCUGGUCAGGUACUGGCUGACCCAGCAUCCUGAAGUGCGCCAAGAGCCCCAACUAGAAGAGGUUAUAGGUCGCUUCUGGGCCACCGUGGAUCAGGAGGGAGGCUCAGCCCAAGGGAGCCUGGGGGACUCCUCCAAUCUCCUGAGCCCUUGUGGCCCCGGCCCUCCACCCCCCAUGAGCAGCCCAGGCCUGGGCAAGAAGCGCAAAGUGUCCUUGCUUUUCGACCACCUGGAGACGGAUGAGCUGGCUCAGCAUCUCACUUACCUGGAGUUCCGGUCUUUCCAGGCUAUCACGCCCCAGGACCUGCGGAGCUACGUUUUGCAGGGCUCUGUGCGGGCAUGCCCGGCUCUGGAGGCGUCCGUAGGCCUCAGCAACAGCGUGUCCCGCUGGGUGCAGGUAAUGGUGCUGAGCCGGCCCGGGCCCGCGCAGCGCGCGCAGGUGCUGGACAAGUUCAUCCACGUGGCACAGAGGCUCCACCAGCUGCAGAAUUUCAACACGCUGAUGGCGGUCACCGGGGGCCUAUGUCACAGUGCCAUCUCCAGACUCAAGGACUCCCAUGCCCACCUGAGCCCUGACAGCACCAAGGUCCUACUGGAGCUGACUGAGCUCCUUGCUGCCCACAACAACUACGCCCGCUACCGCCGCACCUGGGCCGGCUGCACAGGCUUCCGGUUGCCUGUCCUGGGCGUACACCUCAAGGACCUGGUGUCCUUGCAUGAGGCCCAGCCCGACAGGCUGCCUGAUGGCCGCCUGCGCCUCUCCAAGCUUAACAGCCUCUACCUGCGGCUGCAGGAGCUGGCAGCCCUCCAGGGACAGCACCCGCCCUGCAGUGCCAAUGAGGACCUGCUGCACCUGCUCACGCUUUCCCUGGAUCUCUUCUACACGGAGGAUGAGAUCUACGAGCUUUCUUAUGCCCGGGAGCCCCGCUGUCCCAAGAGUCUGCCACCCUCCCCCUUCAAAGCACCUCUGGUGGUGGAGUGGGCCCCCGGUGUGACGUCCAAGCCUGACAGGGUCACCCUGGGCCGGCAUGUGGAGCAGCUGGUGGAGUCUGUCUUCAAGAAUUAUGACCCUGAAGGCCGAGGAACCAUCUCUCAGGAGGACUUUGAACGACUCUCAGGCAACUUCCCCUUCGCCUGUCAUGGGCUGCACCCACCCCCCUGCCAGCGGCGUGGCUCCUUCAGCCGAGAGGAGCUGGCGGGCUACCUGCUCCGGGCCAGUGCCAUCUGCUCCAAGCUGGGCCUGGCCUUCCUGCACACCUUCCAUGAGGUCACUUUCCACAGGCCCACUUUCUGUGACAGCUGCAGCGGCUUCUUCUGGGGGUUAACCAAGCAAGGCUACCGCUGCCGGGAUUGCGGGCUGUGUUGCCACAAACACUGCAGAGACCAAGUGAAGGUGGAGUGUAAGAAAAGGCUGGGGGCCAAGGGCGAUGUGGGCCCCCCAGGAGCCCCCAUCCUGUCUACACCGGUUCCCCAUGCCAGCUAUGGCUCUGAGGAAACGCUCCCUGACACCCUGACCCUGGACUCUGAGACUGAGUCCUGCCUUCACCAUGCUUGGACGCAGAUGGAGCCCCCAUCCUCUUCCUGGGGGCCAGAGAUGGAAGGAAAAGCUGUGCUGCUGGAGAGCAAAGGACUUUGCGAGUCAGAGCAGCAGGGGUCUGUCCAGGCUCCAGGGACAGAGACCCCCUACCCCUCCUCCAGCCCGAAUGCCCCUAACCUGGCCCCACAGAGAUAGGUCCUUCAGGUG